GUCGCGAGCUCCGACGAUCAAUCAACGAUAGCGACUGCUGCUGCUCACGGAGCUCGAAAGUAGAUUUCAUAAAUCAUCGGGAGAUCGAUCGCUGCGCUGCUCGACACCCGGGAGUGUACCGCGUUUGUGUGUAACUAUGUGUGUGUGCACUCGACCUCGAGGCUGAGUGCUUGAAUUAAUGCGGCGUGGAAGAAGGCAUCAUCGGAAGGCCGGAAGCGUCCUGCGUGAAGCGAAUGUAACAAGGGAUGCGAUUGGCUCUGCGUGGCCAGAGAGAAAGUACGAAGCGGAAGCGAGUGCGAGCCCAAGCCGUAGUCAAAAUAGAGUCUGCAGAGAAAGAGAGGGGAGAAUGAGGGGGAGAGCAAAGGGACGACUGCGACCCACGCAAUUCGUAAUAGUCGGUUCAGUCUACCGAGAGAGCUGGCAGCGUGAAGACGCAGUCCGUCCCAGCGCUGCGCUGGGACGGACCUUUUCGGCUAGACAGCAAGCAGAAGAGUGGGGGAACCCAAGCCACGCGCAGAACACCAAGCGACGCUGGGAUUUCGCAUCGGAGCAAAAGGAGACUCAGCAACGAUGCCGGAUCAGCAGGAACUUGAAGCUGAGAAGGAGACGCGCUCACGAGCCCAGGCGAACCAGCAGAAGCUGGAGACAGCUAAGAGGCGUCUCAGACACCGACAACACACACGAUUCCCCCUGCUGGAGUGGCAGCAGCAGCAGUAGCAGGGCCAUCAACGCUAGCAUCCCUGGCAGCGCAGAUGAGACGCCAGAAUUAUAGUCCGGGCGCUGGUACCAUCUGAGUGUAAAUUUUGAGCUCCCCUCAGUAACUUGGAGUUUUUCUAUGUUUUCUGGGAUGCUGAAUCGAAAUUUGUUGGUUACGAAGCCCGAAAUUCGUCAGUUUUUUUUUUUUUAUAAACAAAUUACUGAUUAGCAAUAAACAAAUAAUAGUUAUUUGCAAUUGAAAAAAAUUGAGUAACAUUAUUUAGGUAUUUUCGAAUCGAAAGCGUUCUUACGACUAUUUCUCGUAAAAUACAUACUUUUUAAGUUAAAAAUCGUUGAAUUUUUAGAUUUCACGAGAGUGAACGAGAAAAACAGCUCGAAGAAUCGCGGAAAAAUCAAUAAAGUUUUCACAAAAUACGAUUUUUCCCGUUCACUCUCGUGAAAUCUAAAAGUUCAACGAUUUAUAACUUAAAAAGUAUGUAUUUUACGAGAAAUAGUCGUAAGAACGCUUUCGAUUCGAAAAUACCUAAAUAAUGUUACUCAAUUUUUUUCAAUUGCAAAUAACUAUUAUUUGUUUAUUGCUAAUCAGUAAUUUGUUUAUAACAAAAAACUGGCAGGUUUCGGGCUUCGUAACCAACAAAUUUCGAUUCAGUAUCCCAAAAUACAUAGAAAAACUCCAAGUUACUGAGGGGAACUCAGAAUUUACACUCAGAUAGCACCAGCGCCCGGACAAUUAGGGCCGGAGAACAUCUCGACUGACACGGGGGAUUUUACGAGCGCAGCGAGAUGCAUCUACACAGAAGACCACUUAUAUAUACACGCACCAUAGUAUUACGCGCUCGUCGAUUGUUUGUUUGUAGCGCACCAAUUUGUACAUUCGUUCAGUUUUUAAACGGCGGUGAGCCACGCUACGUCAUUUGUCACUGCGGCCGAAGCGUUGCUAAUCAGAAGUGUGUGCGGGCGCAAAUCUUGCUCUUGAGCGGUCGUAUUGCGCGAGUUAAAGCUGAUUUGCGCAUAUCGCUGGAAUUACAGCGCGUGGAGGUGGUUUAUGACAUUACGAAAACAUCCUAGAUCUUUCGUUUUUUCUCGCGGUACUUGCAGUACCUAACACUUGUCUUCUGUUGCUGCUGAUUGUACGUUUACGAAGUGCGUUAUGGGCAGUAUAUUGAUGUAUACUAUUCCGUUGAGUCACAGUAUACAAUACCUCGUGCACAUCCGUGAGGGGGGAGGGGGGUGGGAAACGCGAGGGGGAGGAAUUUCAUAUACAUAACGAGGUCAAAAAACUUGGUUCAUUGUCGAUUGAUUUCGUGAAAAACACUUUUUUUAUUAAAAAUAUCUUCAACGUACAACAUAAAAAUUAAAAAAAAGCAAAAGUGUAGUCGAAGUUUCUUCUACGGUACUUUCAAUCAUUGGAGCUUAUUGUUUUUUUUUUUACAGCCGGUUUAUCACAGUUUGUGGGUUCUUGAAUACUAUUUUGGAAUGUGGGGUUCAUGGGACGUAACUUACAGCCGGUUUAUCACAGUUUGUGGAAUUAUGGAUUCUUUAAUACUAUUUUGGAAUGUAAGGUUCAAACAAUGUAGCUCCAACGACGGAAAGGAAAUUUCCUGAGAAAAAUCGGACUACGACGGUUCAAAUUUUGGAACUUCUAUAUAUACGAAUCAACUGAUCUUCUUAACACUUGCGAGGAAAAUUUUUCGGUUUGCCAUCUAUCGCUAACCAUCUUAAGCUUUGUAUGUAUAUCGAGAUAGCGCUGCGCCCAAGAAAGAAGGAGCAGUUGAGUAGUAUGGUUCGCGUCCACUAGGGGGCUGCCCGUAACACCAAAGCAAAAUUGAAACGGGAGGAGAUAUAAACGAGCGAGCGAUCGAGUAUAGACAUCCGAAAUACUGGAUCUUCCUUAAGAACUUACGCAAUGUGUUAUGUUGUACAAUUUAAUAAAAAUAAAUAAAUUAAUAAAUUCUGAAAAAUAUAA